GAGAGAUGCACAAAUAAUUCCAUAAAUUCCACGCAGAUAAAGUACUAUAUUGUGGCACUAAAAUCUCAAAUUUCUUCUUAUGGAGCAAUACACCAACAACAGUCCUAGUGACUCGGAUAAUGACAUAGAUCUCGAAAUGCUCGACGACCCCUGCUGCAACCCCAACAAACCCGUCGAGAUCACCUUCGAAGAAAUCACGUCGGCCGCGUACAAAAUCAGAAGCGGGAUAUCCUACACACCAUGCAUCCGCUCCCACAUGUCCAGAUUAACCGGCAUGGACAUCUACUUGAAGAAAGACUUCCUCCAACAAACCGGCAGUUUUAAAGAGCGCGGGGCCCGCUACGUCCUGCUGCAGCUCACCGAAGAGCAGAAGCGCAACGGGGUGAUCGCCGCCUCGCUGGGCAAUCACGCCCAAGCCGUGAGCUACCACGGCUACUUGCUCGGCGUACCGGUCACCGUGGUGAUGCCCAUCGUGGCGCCCAUCAUGAAGAUCCAGAAGUGCAGGGAGUACAACGCCAACGUGGUGAUGGAGGGCAGGAACAUGGCCGAGGCCAAACGGGUGGCCUACAAGCUGGCCAAGGAGCGCGGGUUGUUCUACAUCAACGGUUACGAUAAUCCACAGACGAUAGCGGGGCAGGGCACUAUAGGUUUGGAGAUAAUGGAGCAGGUGGACGAUAUCGACGCGGUGGUGGUGCCUACGGGAGGCGGAGGGCUGCUGGCCGGCGUGGCCGUGGCCGUGAAAACGCUCAACCCCAGCAUCAAAAUCAUUGGCGUGGAAUCGGAAAGAUGCGCGAGCUACUCGAAGGCGAUGGAGGAGUCCCAGCCGAUUCAUACGGACAUCGAAGGCACCUUGGCGGACGGCCUGGCCGUGCCCCAAGUGGGCUACAACGCUUGGAGGACGUCGAGGAGUUUGAUCGACAGAAUGGUGGUCGUCAAGGAGGAGUGGAUUGCUGUGGCGAUAUUGAGGUUCAUCGAAAACGAGAAAUGCGUGGUGGAAGGAGCCGGUGCUUGCGGAUUGGCUGCCAUCUUGGCCGGGCACUUGGAUGACUUCAAAGGGAAAAGGAUCGUGCUGAUCCUGAGCGGAGGGAAUAUUGAUACAACGAUCUUGGGGCGUUGUUUGGAGAGAGGCCUGGCAGCGGACGGUCGUCUAGUCAAAUGUAAAAUCACCGUUAGUGAUCGACCUGGGGGUAUUUCGGAGUUGUGCAAGUUUAUAGGAUCUAUCGGGGUGUCGAUUAAGGAUAUUAUCCACGAAAGGGCUUGGGUUACUUCUGAUGUUUUCAGUGUCGAGGUUAAAGUCGUUUGUGAGACGAGGGAUUAUAAUCAUACCGUAGAAUUAAGGGAUAUGCUGCAUUCCAAAUAUAAGAAAGUUCGAUUCGACAACAUUCCUAUGAUUGAACUUGGGCCUCCUUUGAACAGCUUUUGAUUUCCAAAAGGAACUGUAUUCACUGUUUUUUAACAUGUUUUAUUAAUUUAUAUUUUGUAAUCUUUAACGCUCACUUUGAUAUUAUAUAUUAUAGUAUUUUAGUAUCUUUAUUUUGUAAUUAUAAAGUAAAUAUAAACAAAAACAUUGAGGUUAAAU